CGCUCGCUCGGCCCCGCCAGCUCCCGGCCGCGGGGAGCUGAGGGAACUGAGCCCUCGGCGCUGCUCGUUAGCAGUCCCGGCGAGGGGAGCGGCAGAAUUACUCAUGCGCUAAUUGCCCGUCAUUAAGUUAAGGAGACGGAGGGGAGCGCAGACUCCCGAGGCAGGAGGUGUCUGGGGCCGGCUCCGCCGCGCACGCCGAGCUCGUUCAGCCCGGCCAGGGUUAAGUCUUCCGCUCGCUGCUGCCCGGCUGGCGGCCAGCUGCCUUCAGCGAGAGGCCAGAGUCCCUGCCAGGCACCCGGGAGGUUACGCCGCGGGCCGGGCUGGACCGCAUCGGACCCCCUCCCCCAUCACCGCCUGGAGGAGGAGCAGAAAGUGGGGGGUGCGCGUUAGGCCCCCGCCCCCCAGCCCGGCGUCCGGGUGGGCAGAGAGCGAGAGGGUCUGCAGGACACCGAGAUGGCCGAUGAGAUUGACUGGCUGGACUUGCCCGGCCGGUGGACCUAUGGAGUUGACCGCGGGGGGAGAGUCUUCUUCAUCAAUGAUGAAGAAAAGUCAACCAGCUGGGUGCACCCUGGUACGGAAUCACCCAUCCAGAGUGGACACUCCUCCAGCCCAGGUUUGCCCAAGGGCUGGGAGAUGGAUUCCACCCAGGAAGGAGCUGUGUAUUUCAUCAACCAUAAUGAAAGACGGAACACAUUUCUACACCCACUGACCGGCCAGGUCCCAGAGGAAAACAAAAAGUUUGACUUGAAAAUAUCGACCUUGGACAUGUCCAAUAAAGCAGGUGGGAAACGCCCAACUGCCGCCAACAGUGACCUGUCCAACCACAACAUGGUGUCCGAGGUCCCUCCAGAGCGGCCCAGUGUCCGGGCCACCCGGACGUCCCGCAAGGCCAUCGCUUUCGGCAAGCGCUCGCACUCCAUGAAGCGGAACCCCAGUGCUCCAGUCGCCAAGGCAGGCUGGCUUUUCAAGCAGGCCAGCUCCGGGGUUAAGCAGUGGAAUAAGCGCUGGUUCGUCCUGGUGGAUCGCUGCCUCUUCUACUAUAAAGAUGAGAAGGAGGAGAGCAUCCUGGGCAGCGUCCCCCUCCUGAGCUUCCGGGUGGCUGCGGUGCAGCCCUCAGACAACAUCAGCCGAAAACAUACCUUUAAGGUCAGUUGGCCUUCCUCUCCCAGGUCAGAUAGGGGAGGGAGGCCGGCUCUUCUAGAGCAUACAAGAAUGGAGCAGGAUCGGGCUUCCCUGCAACCCCAGGAAACUAACACAGUGCGUCUGGUCAGCACAUUUGACUCUGACCACUGA